AUGGAUGCUAUUGUGCAAUUCGUCCGUAACGCCCUUUGCUGCGUGAAAGAUCUUCACUUAUUCGAGUCCUCUUUCAUUCACGAUGCAACCUACACAAAUGAGGCUUUGGGAUACCUGAUGGAUCCAUUGAACAAGACCACUCCCCUGGAAGUUGUAAUUUCGACAACACAGCUAUAUGCUUGCAUUUCAAACACGAGACAAGGAAUGGAGUUGUUGAAUUCUUCGGUUGGGAAGUUGAGACGGAUUGUCCGACUAGUGGAGAUGCGAAUGUCCAACCCUUCCAAGAAUUUCACACAUGCCGAUCGCAUCGUCAACGAAUCGCUCAUGAAGGAAGGAAGAAUGGCGUUGCGAGGUGCAUUCAUUGGGGCUUUGGUUGCACCUAUUGGAAUCUGUUUCUGGUGGCUCGUUAUCAAUAGUUGGCAUGUUACUGAAGUUGAUUGGUUCGGUGGUUUGCCGGCCUUGAUCCAUGCGUUGGAAAUCAUGGAAAUCUGUUUGCUUCCCCUUUUGUACUUUAUGAUUGUGGACGGACUGGAGACUUUAAACAAAUCCAAGAAAGCGAAGACACUGAUCGAUACUAUUCAGCAAGAAAAGUUGGCGCGUUCUUCUGUAGGAGUUGUCACCUUCGAGUCCAUGACGACCUGGGUUCCCUUCUGGGAUGGUGGAAUCUCCAUGUUCUCAAGCGAGGACAAGUUGGAAGAAGAAAAGAAUCUUGCCAAGGAAAUCGAAGCCGUCCAGAAGCAAUUGGAUACUUGGUUCCCAUCCGACAAAGAUAUGAAGAAAGAAGAAAAGGAAGCCAAACAAAGCAGAGCAGCAUUUGCUAAAGCUGAAGAAAAGUUGGAAAAAUCUAUUCACACAUACAGAAUGGAGGGAUACCGUGAAUUCAUCUAUUUCGUAUUGAACUUUGUUGCUUUCUAUGGAUACUUGAUGGCCCCUGUCACCUUUUAUUUCGAUGUGGAAGAACACCAGCCAUUUCUUAUUCAGUUUUCCAAGUUGUUCUAUGGCAACGAAGAUGCGGAUUGGACGGGGAACUUUGCUGGUGACUUCUGCUGGACGGUAGAACCCAUUAUUAUCUUGUUCAGCCCUGCUUUGAUUGCUCUUACCCAACCUCAAAAGAAGAAACUUAAGUCUGACUAA